AUGCACUCCUCCGCCAUUCUGUUCUCCACCAUCUUCGCCGCGGCUGCCCUUGCCGCUCCGGCCUCCUCAACGAAGACCAUGUCAUCGGCCCCCGCCGCCAACACAACCUACUCUCACCACAACAGCGGUUCGAUCGACGAUGUUCUGCCUCCUAUCGUCCCUGUCAACACCCGCGCCGGCAACAUGGAUCUUAUCACCAAGCUCAUGACCGCCCCCACCCAACAAGACCGUGUCCGCCUCCUGAACCAGCCCGGCGACUACGUCUUUGACUUCAACGACGCCGGUGCUCCGGAAGGUUCCGAAUCCCGCGGUAAGGGCGGCUUCUCCACCUCGGCCACGGCCAAGACGUUCCCCGCCCUCAUCGGCAACGGUGCCGCCAUGACUCUUGCGUUCCUCGGCCCCUGUGGCAUGAACACCGCUCACGUCCACAACCGCGCCACCGAGCUCAACGUUGUCGUCAAGGGUCGUUUGGUCACCAACUUCCAGGUCGAGAACGGUGUCGAGCCGAUUGCCAACACCAUGAACACCUACCAGAUGGCUGUCUUCCCUCAGGGCGCGAUCCACCAGGAGUUCAACCCGGACUGCGAGGAUGCUGUCUUCGUCGCCGGCUUCAACAACGUCGACCCCGGUGUUGAGCAGGUUGCCCAGACCUUCUUCAACCUCCGCCCGGAUGUCGUCUCUUCUACCCUCGGUGGCGUUCAGACCAUUGAUGGUGCCGAUCUUGAGAGCUUCCGCGAGCACAUCCCUGCCAACAUUGCUCUUGGUAUCGACGCCUGCCUCAACAAGUGCGGUAUCAAGCGCAAUGCCAAGCGCGACCUCAACGAGAUCUUUGGCGCAACCCAGUAA